UGCCUUAUCGACGGCCCUGAGCCAUCCGCCGUCAAACGAACGCUCCAAAGGCGGAACUGUAACGAACACACCAUGUCUGAAGCGACGAUCGAUGAGGAUGCCCCAUUGACGGCUCUCUCAAAGGGCCCUCAGCAUGACGAGAACUUCGACCCGGACGAUGAGGUCCAAGAUUACCGAUUCAUCGCGGCGCUGAGCUCGAGUGGGAAAAGCACGAUCCCGAAACGAGGAGAGAAGGACUUUGAACCGCAUGGAACGAAACAUCAGGAAUCGAUCUUGGAUGCGAGUAGGCAGGCGAUGCACGAUGCGCUCGACUAUACAAGAUCGCAUGGACCGAAGUCUUCAGUGCGCGCGUGGUAUUUUGGGGAUGGAGUUCAGGAGCCAAGAUCACAGACGAGGCGGGAUAAGGAUACACAAGAAGAGGAGGAAGAAGAAGACGAAGAGACAGUGGAUAUUCUUGAUCCGUCUGUAAGAGGGAGGGAGUUGGACAGAGAUAUGACGGUCAUGGUGGAAUCGAGCAAGGGCACACAUUUCCGGACUAUGGGGAAGACACCUAUGGGAACUAAGUCGGCGAAGCUGUGGCUGCUGCCUGAAGAGACUCUAUACCUGGUGGAGAGAGGCAAUCUGGACCUGUGGUGGCCGUCACGGCCGCUCCAGGCUGUCCGGUCCCAGACCGGGAAUUAUGACUUGGAGGAGGGGACAGAAGAUGGUGUUCCGUUAAGCUUGCAGGCUGCAUACAGUCUGUUUAUCGGGGAGGGAGAGGGACUGGUGAGCAUGGAGACGUACCAGGUUUAUGCGAAUCUCAAGAGAACAGGAUAUGUUGUUUCCAGAGCACCACCAGCGGCGAUCCCAUGUGAGGACACUCCUCGCCCACAAGAGUCAUCGCCGAGCCUUUUCAGCUGGCUCUUUGGCAAAAUAUUCGCAUCUGAACCCAAAACCCCAGCUCCCUACGGGCCUCUUGUUCAACCCGGCUUGUAUAGGAGUUAUGCCCAGAUCUACAAACAACUCUCCAUCAUCCCCAUUCACCAACCUUCACCUGUUCCCAGCUCCACCCGCCCUACAUCGCAGCUUGAAGUUACCUUUCACAUCUGGAAACCAAUCCGCAUCCCCACAUUCGCAAAAUCAAAUCCAGGAGAGCCUGAUUUCCGGAUUGCCGUCGUGUCCGCUAGAGACACCAGUGUGCCGACGCUGGAGGAGAUCGCAGGGCUUCUGGAGAGCACGCCGUGGGAUCCGCCGAAGAAGGAGUGGGCCGGUGAUGUAAAGAGUUACCAGAGACUGAAACACGGGUUUCGGAAUGUGAUACUGGCGGUGGUGGACCAGGGGAUCAUUAGUUACCUGAACAUGAGCGAGGCGGCAUUCGGUGAGGAGAGUCUUUCUGGGAGGUUUGAUAGAGGCGGAGGAGGGGUUAGGGGAGGGAAACGAGGCGGUGGAGGACGUGGACGGGGAAGGGGACGUGGGAGGGGACGGGGCGGUAAGCGGUGA